CGCGGCUGUUUUGAUGUGGAAUUCCAGACCUGAAACUGGGGCUCAGCUCCGAGGAGAUGGAUCGGUACCUGCUCCUUGUGAUCUGUAAGGAAGGAAAAGUCUCAUCCGCGGUGGGAGGGGAGGCGGAGCACCUGCCAGGGGCGUCUGUUGAGGGUACCGAGAAGCAGCCAGACUUAACAGCAGCAAGUGUUUAUCAGCUCCUGAAAAGAAGCAUUAGUGCUUCAACUAAUCCAGAAGAUAGUACUUUCCCUGCCUGUUCGGUGGGCGGUAUACCUGGUUCCAAGAAGUGGUUCUUUGCAGUACAGGCCAUAUGUGGAUUUUAUCAGUUUUGUAGUUCUGACUGGGAAGAGAUACAUUUUGGUGUGGAAAAAGAUGAAAUUGAAGAUAUUCUUCAAUCAAAUAUCGAAGAAUGUUUGAGUGCUAUUGAGUGUUUUGAGGAAGAAGAUAGUAAUAGCAAGGAGUCAUUAUCUUUGGCUGAUCUAUAUGAAGAAUCUGCGGAAAAUUUGCAUCAGUUAUCAGACAAACUUCCUGCUCCUGGUAGAGCAAUGAUAGAUAUAAUACUAUUGCCCUCGGACAAGGAUCCUCCUAAAUUAAAAGACUGUUUACCUACUAUUGGAGCCUUAAAACAUUUAAAAGAAUGGUAUUCAGCAAAAAUUACUAUUGCAGGAAAUCGUGAAAUAAGUUGUCAGAAAAUUGCAGAAUACCUUUCUGCUAAUAUUGUAUCUUUAGAAGAUUUUGCAAGUGCUAUUGACUCAAAGGAGUUAUGGAGGGGUAAGAUCCAGCUAUGGGAAAGAAAGUUUGGAUUUGAAAUUAGUUUUCCCGAAUUUUGUUUAAAGGGAGUCACACCUACAAAUUUUAGUACAUCUAACUUAAAUACUUGCUUUCUUGACAAAAAGAUAAUACCAUCAAAGGAUAAGACUAUUUUGCCAAAGGUUUUCCAUUAUUACGGCCCUGCUUUAGAAUUUGUGCAGAUGAUAAAAUUAUCAGAUCUACCCUCCUGCUAUAUGUCGGACAUUGAAUUUGAAUUAGGAUUGACAAAAAACAGUACCAAGAAGAAUUCCUCGUUGCUGUUGGAGCAGAUGUCUUCUCUGUGUGGCAAGAUCGGUGCUCUUUUUGUAUUGCCAUGUACUAUUAGUAACAUACUUAUUCCACCUCCCAACCAACUCAGUUCAAGAAAAUGGAAGGAAUAUAUAGCCAAAAAGCCCAAGACAAUCAGUGUUCCAGAUGUUGAAGUGAAAGGAGAGUGUUCUAGCUAUUAUCUCUUGUUACAAGGUGAUGGCAACAGAAAAUGUAAAGCCACACUGAUUCACUCAGCUAACCAGAUCAAUGGUUCAUUUGCACUCAGUUUAAUUCAUGGAAAAAUGAAAGCCAGGGCAGAAGAAACGUCACUGAGCUUCCCUUUUGACUUCAUGUCACUUCCACAUUUUUCUGGGGAGCAGCUUAUACAGAGAGAGAAGCAGUUAGCUAAUGUUCAAGCUUUGGCUUUGAAAGAAUAUCUGAAAAGGAGAAAGUUGGCAAAGCAGCCUGAAGUAGUUUCUGUUGAUGAACUCAAAAAUCUAUUGAUACUCUCAAGGGAACGCUUUUUAGAUCAUUUUGACGCUAUGAUUCCUAAAACAAUUCUAAUCAAGACAGACAAAAUUAACACCUCCAAUCUGUUAAAUGACACCAGUCCACUAGAACCUAUUUCUUCAAGUCUAAUGGAAACCAAUCCCCUGGAAUGGCCUGAAAGGCAUGUUCUUCAAAAUCUGGAAAUGUUUGAAAAAACGAAACAGAAAAUGAGAACCAGUUCCUUACCUUGUUCGUCUGAACAGUUGCUGGGCCAUAAAGAGGGUGCACGGGAUUCAAUCACAUUAUUAGAUGCUAAAGAAUUGCUGAAAUUCUUUACCUCAGAUGGAUUGCCAAUUGGAGAUCUUCAGCCUUUACAGAUUCAAAAAGGGGAAAAAACUUUUGUUCUGACACCAGAACUUAGUCCUCGGAAACUUCGGGUUUUACCAUUUGAAAAAGCUUCAGUAUGUCAUUAUCAUGGAAUUGAAUACUGCUUGGAUGACCGGAAAUCUUUAGAAAGAGAUGGGGGAUUUUCUGAACUUCAGUCUCGUCUUAUUCGUUAUGAAACUCAAACUACCUGCACCCGGGAAAGUCUUCCAGUAGCUACUGUGUUGAGCCCUCUUCCAUCUCCUGCAGCUUUGUCAGAGCCUGGAAGUGUUCCUGACGGAGAAGCUUUACAGAGUGAACUCCGGACUGAAGUAUCCCGAUUGAAAAGGAGAUCAAAAGAUCUGAAUUGCCUUUAUCCCAAUAAAAGGCUUGUGAAAUCUGAUAGUUCAGAUUCUCUUCUUUCUCAGACAAGCACCAGUUCUAGUCACCACCACCAUGCGGUGCCAUCCAGAAAGCAGUGGGCACAGAGAUCAUUAUCUGGGACUUGUCCACCUCUUCCAGUUCCGAGCUAUGAAGCUCCAAAUGUCACUGCAAUGGCCAGUUCAGGUCUGAAAAGGGUGCACGAAUCAAAAACACUGAGGCAAAUUAAGGAAUCAAGAUCACAGAAACAUACACGGAUAUUGAAAGAAGUGGUUGCUGAAACCUUGAGGAAACAUGGUAUUGCUGAGGCACACGAGUGUUUCACGGCUUGCAGCCAGCGUCUGUUUGAGAUCUCCAAGUUCUAUCUAAAGGAUCUUAAAACUUCAAGGGGUCUAUUUGAAGAAAUGAAGAAAGCAGCAAACAAUAAUGCUGUACAGGUAAUUGAAUGGGUAUUAGAAAAGACAAGCAAGAAAUAACACAAGAUCAUUUUUUUGGACAAUUAUAAAUUGACAGAGCUAUUACUUAUUGCUUUCUUCCCUCAGUUUGAACAUUAUAAACAAAUUUCAAAGUUUAUUCAAAGAAUAGAUGUUACAUCUCUAAAGAAUUUCAUAAAUAUCUCGUAUUUAUGUAGUUUUGAGGAUGCUCAGUUAAUGUAUUUUAAUUGUAUACCUAUUAAAUAAUUUCACCAUAUUUUAAUUUUUAAAGUUAAUAUUUGUAUAUAUGUUUUAAAAGUUUUACUCUUGGUUAUUUAAUUAUUCCAAUAAAUAGAAAAAUAUACUUCUUUAUUUCUUGGUGAAUGUGUCUGUUAGGGCUAUUUAAAUUACUGAGGCUCAAGUGAGAGUGCAAAUGGUUUUUCUCAUGUGUUCCAAGGGCAUAAUUUAUUGGAUGCCUCUUGAUUUAGAAAAUACGGGCAAAAAUAAAAAUUCACACAGGAAGCCAUCUUCCCUUACCACUACCGUAGAACCAUCCCUGGUGGAGCUACUAGUGUUUAUCUGGAAUCAAAAAUGAAGAGGGGGCAGAAAUUGUGAAAAUAAGUCAUAGCAAAAAUGACUAAGUACAGACUUCCAGAAAAAAAUAUCUUUUCCCCAUUGUAGAAAUUCUGGAAAAUGCAGGCACUACAAAGAUGAGUGAAAAAAUUCCAACAUUCCCCCCCAUUACCUAUAGGUAACCACUGUCAGUUAUAUAUAUUUUAAAUAUAUGUAAUUAUUUAAAAAUAUUUUCAAAAUUGGGGUUGUGUGUGUGCAUAUGUAUUUAUGUGUGUGUAUUAAUUUACAGCCUGCUUUUCACUUAAUGUGUCAUAAAUUUUAUAUCCUAUAUUAUUAUUUUAAUAACUGCAUAAUACAAAUGAACCAAAAUGUUUAUCUAAUCCCCUGUGGUUGGAUCAUAUAGGUUCAAUUUUUCCCUAUUAUAAAUAAAACUUUAAUGAAUCUUCCUAAUACAGUAUUGAUUAUUUUCUUUUUAGAAGUAGAAUUUGUGGGUUGUAAGAUUAUUGGUAAAUAUCUCCAAAUUGCCUUUCUGAGAGAUCAGUUUACACACCCAAUGGCAGAGUCCCCGUUUCCUAUUUUGAUGACGGAAAAUAGUGAGGGGCAACAUUUUUUUAAAUAUGUUGGCCACUCUUUAAUUGGCUGUUUUUUUUUUGAAUAAGUUGACUUUUUCUUGCUAGUUUGUAAGGGUUCUUACUUAUUAAGUGGGUUAGUCCUUUGUCAUUGUGUUUAUGGUGUUUUGGGUUUUUUUACCCUGAGAGGACACUGAGCAAGACCAUCUGGCAAACGCCACUUGGUAUAAGCUAAGACUCGUGGUAGAAGAGGCAGGCAGGGCUAAAGCACAGCUGCACCUGCCUUGGAGCUGUGCUCCAGGAGAGGAACCCAGCUGACCAGUGGCUCUCUGUUUAUACGGGGUAAGCAUGAGAGGGACCUUGAAAGGUAUAUGGGAGGGUAUAUAGGCUGAGCUUAGAUGUCAGCUAUUCUGGGGAGUUAGUUACUGCUGUUGGGAAUCAUGCUGAAAGCUCACACGCUUUAAAGUGAGAAGUUUGGAAUGAGACCCUUUUUCUCGGGAAGGAGGGCAUCACAGGGCCCUCCUAGCCAGCUCAGCUGUGUUGUGUAGUGGUGAUACAUGUGGCAAAACUGUUGCCUGUAUAACCUCGGAAAGAGAAGUUGCACCUAAUGAACUUAAUGGAGCUAGUUAAGGUUAUCGCCAGGCAGAAUGUUAAAGUAUCAAGGCUGCAUUUGUUUAUUUAUACAGGUGAAUAUGAUAAGGUACAGGAAAAGAUAGAUGCGCUAAAGAAGGAACUAUUCUGUUUUCUAGCAGAAUUUAAAAGAUACCUAGGGCUUAGCACAUUCUGGAUUGGCAACUAAAAUGGCUUCCCACUUCCAGUAUCUCCAAUGGCAAUAGAUUCCCAAAGUAAGAAAUACCUCAGGAGACAAAUCACACCAAAGCUGUGGUUCUAUAUCCUUUGUUAUUAAGACCUUAGAAAUAUUUAAUGACUUAAGUGAUAUAACCAAUGAUGUGAAGUGUGAAGUGGUAUCUCAGUGUGGUUUUGAUUUGCAUUUCCCUAAUAACGAAUGAUGUUGAACAUCUUUUCAUCUGCUGAUUGGCCAUCUCUGGAUGUUCUUUGCAGAAAUGUCCACUCAAAUCCUUUGACCAUUUUUAAUUAGAAUAUGUGUCUUUUGAUUGUUGAGCUUGUUCUUUAUAUGUUGAAUUCUAGUCCCUUAUCAGAUACGUGAUUUACAAAUAUUUUCUCCCGUUCUUUGGGUUGUCUUUUCACUUUUUAGUUUUCUCUCUUACGUUUAGGUCUAUGAUCCAUUUUGAGUUAAUUUUUGAGGAAGGGAUUCACCUUCAUUCUUUUGCAUAUCAUUAUUCAGUUGUCUCAGCACUAUUUGCAGGGAAAAAAAACUGUACUUUCGCCAUUGAAUUUUCUUGGCAACAGAAAGUUCAUACAGUUUUAAGGAAUUUGUAUCAAAAUGAAAAUAGGACUCCUGGCCACCAAAUUUUAAUAGGUAGGAAGAAGGAUGGGAAAACUAUUCAGUUGCAAACGGAUUGUUUCUUAUGGAUAAGAAAGACUUUUCAGAAACUCAGAGCCAGGAGCCCAUAGGGCAGAGCUAAGAAUAAUGGAGUAGGGUACCACUCCCAGGUAGCAGAAAUGAACCCAGGAUCACAUUCCUUGCCCCUGACAGUGAGAACUGGUGACAUGCCAACUGGAUUUCAGAAUUAUUAUGGCUUAGUGACUAGCCCCUUAAUGAAAGGAAGUAUCUGUUGCAGUUAUCCUGUCCGCGCCUCACCAUUGAAUGUUGGGUGUAUAGAUGGCGUUUAACUAGUUUAAUUAGUUAAUUAGGUCACAAUAUUCUGGAUUUUAAAAAGCCACAUCAUGGGAAAUCUCAUCCCUAUCUGGACAAGAUAAAGAUCACAAAAUACUUGGACUUUAGCCCGUAUUGGGAGGAAAUGAACAUAUUUUGCAUAUAGGAGAACGAAAAUAAUUGUGGCGAGAGUGGAAUAUAGUAGGUUAAAUAUGGCCACAAAGCUUCAAGCUCCUCCCAUCGGGAGACGGAAUCUAAUUCCCUCAUCCUUGAAUCUGGGCUGGCACUGUGACUUGGUUUGGCCAUAUGUGACAUAAAAGGCAUGGUGUGAGCUGGAAUCCAGGCCUCGAGGACCAUGCAGCUUCUGGUUUGCUCUUGUCGAACCCUGUCCCAACUAAGCAGCCACAUAAGAGAACCGGGUCGCCUACUAGAGGAUGAGAGGCCAUGUGGAAGAGAACCGAGGUGCCCCGUCUGACAGCCAGCACCAGCUGCAGCACACGACGGUGAGUGAGGCGUCUUGGACCUGCCAUCCAGCACAGUGCUCCAGCUAAGUGCAGCCACGUGAGUGAGCCCAGGCAGAACCAGCAGGGAACUGCACGGCCAACCCACAGCAUAGUGAAAAAUAACACGCGGCUGGGUUCUAAGCCACCAGGUUGUGAGGUGGUUCGUUUGCCAUGAACAUUAGGUUCCAUUCACAUCGAAGAAUUCAUGGAGAGGCCACGUGCAAGAGCGAAAGUUGCAAAAACUUCAUUUAUUAAGGUCUGCGUUAGAAGGCCCUACUUGCAGAAAAAGAACUAUAAUAGCUUCUCUUUGGACUGGAUUGGCCUUUCUCGUGAGACCCAGAAAACUUGCAGAAGCAGCAGUUUCUUCACCCCUUGUUCAGGUAAGAAUUACGAAGCAGGGAAGCUGCGAUUAAUGAGACUGUACACUGCCUUAGAGUUCUUGGGAGGAAAUAGGCUUUAUUCAUCCAAAGACUUGUUGAAAGUUGCUGAAAGGAGAACUAGCUUUGUUUCUUGGGGAAAACAAAGUUUGCUUUCACCAUUCCGAGGCCCCGGUCCAAGCCAAGCCAGAAUUGCAGCCGGCAGGCCCCUGGGCUCCGCCUCUGAACCUGGAGUCAGGGUGACAGGCCUUGCGUAUGGGAUGCCUUCUCAGUGGGUGGGCUGACUGGGUGUCAGUUCCCACCCGUCUCUCGUCCCCAUUGGGUGUCAUUUUUCGCCCAACUCCACCUCUGCCCUGCCCCUCUUGCGGUGGUACUGUUUGAACAAUGUUCUCUGUAUUGAGUCUUACACUCUUCCAAGAAAAGGCCUUAGUUUUGUCCAAGAAAAAGAAAAAUGAAUAGAAGAGGCCAAAAUAGAGAUUCCUACUGCUUUUCUGUUAUACAAACAUGACUCCAUAGCCUCCUUGGACGUGGUUUAGUCGUGUUCCUGAGGCGUACCCUUGUGAAAUCAAAUUUAGUGUAAUUGAGAAGCCCACAGGUGACAUGAUAAAAUUAAUUUCGGGCCAUAUAUUCAAAUAGUUCUAUUAUUUAGGAUUUUUAUUAACAGCGUGAAAAUGUUACUUGCCAUUAUCAAAACAUUAUUUACCCAUUAAAAGAAAAGGGAAACCUUUUUCAAAAGAGAAUUUUGCAAUGCACAUUUAAGAAGUUCACGUAAUAGAGAAGGGUAUUAAAGUCAUACCCAUGGCCCUGGGCCCACUUUCCAACAGUAACUAAUAGAAAGAGGCGUUUGUUCUGUUGUUUUGUUUUUCUUAAUGUAUCCUCCCAGACAUUUUUACCCAAGUACAAGCAUAUCAUUAUGUGUCCAUUGUCUCAACUGAGCAGAGCCAGCAUCCCUUUUCUAAGAAAUAUUUGUAAUGUCCCCUUGGCUGUCAUGAGGUAAAAGUCAUGAAGAAAGGGCUUUGGCCAAGCCCCCUAGAAAACGAAACCCGAGGCAAGGAUUAAGCUGAUGUUUUAUGUAAGAGGUCCAAUCCCAGGGCACUGAGAGUGAAGGAGAGUCAGGAGAAAAGG